AUGAUCGGUGGUGUUCCCAUGCCCGACAACGGUGAUGAUGCGUUGGGGCCAGUCAGGCAGGAGGAGUUCGCCCUGGUGCCGGUCAAGCAGGAGCUCGCCGGCCAGGCGGCGGAGAAGAACCGCAAGAGCAAGGUCAGAUCCCGCCGUGCAGCGGGUCAGCUAGAAGCGUUGGAAGAAGAGAAGCAAAAGCUCGCUGGAGCGGGUGGAAUCUGA